AUGACCACCCCCAACAUUACCACGGAUCAAUCAGCCCUUCUCUCAUUGAAAGCCAAAAUCACUUGGGAUCCUCACGAAAUCUUGGCAAGCAACUGGUCGGCUACUUCCUCAGUUUGUGAUUGGAGAGGAGUCACUUGCGGCUCUCGCCACCGCAGAGUCACUGCCCUGAACAUCUCCAACUUGGGCCUUAAUGGCACAAUUCCUCCACAAAUGGGGAACCUGUCCUUUCUCAUGUCCCUCGAAAUGAGCAGGAACAACUUCUACGGAGAACUUCCCCAUGAACUGAUUUGUUUGCGCAGGUUACGAGUCCUUGGUUUAGGCAUUAACAUGCUUAGCGGAAGUAUUCCCUCUUGGGUUGGUUCCUUCCGACAACUCCAACACUUUUCUCUAGAGAACAACAGCUUUACAGGCUUUAUCCCACCUUCUAUCUCCAACAUGUCAAAGCUAGAGACACUAAAUCUGCAGUUUAAUUCUCUACAAGGAGCAAUACCAAUGGAGAUUGGGAACCUAAAUACAUUGAAGUAUAUAGAGAUGAGCCGGAAUCAGCUUUCAGGUUCUUUGCCACCGGAGAUGUUCAAUAUUUCUACAUCGGAAAUUAUUGCUUUUCAAGGUAAUAGCCUGUCUGGUAGUCUUCCAUCCAGCAUAUGUUCCCGUCUUCGAGGACUCUCACGGCUCGACCUUUCCUACAACGAAUUAAGUGGCAUGAUACCAGCAUCCUUAUCCAAAUGUUCAAAGCUUCGUGUGCUGCAGUUGUCAUACAACAACUUUAGUGGGGUGAUGCCAGAAGAAGUUGGGAACUUGACGGCACUCGAGGAACUAUAUCUCAGUCACGACAAUUUAGAUGUAAUGAGAAAGAAAGUUUUUGAUGAAAUAUUUUAA